AUGAAAUUCCAAAUUAACACUCUAUACCCUAAUUUGAUUAAAAAUAACCAAAAUUCUCAGACUCACUCUUCUAACCCUAAUGUUAUUACAUUUUUCCCCUUCCUCCUUAUUUCAGCACCGCCAUACCCUUUCCUCAGCUUCAGAAAAUCAGGAAAAAGAAAGAAAGGGAAAGAAAGAUGGGAUCGGAGGAAGAGAAGAGAGAAAGGGAGAAGGGAGAGAGAGGGAGACGGCGCCAUCGCUGUGCCGUCGGAAGGGAGAUUCGAGAGAGCGAGCACCGAGUUGAGGGAGCAGAGAAGCCGCGCCGCCGCUGCACCAUGCCUCGCGAACCAUUGCCGCGUCGUGUCUAUCGCCGUCCUCGCAGGCUCCUGUCACAGCCACUGUCCCUGCCGCGAAGUCCGUCGCCGUUGCUGCAGCUGUCAGCGCCGUCGUCCAUGGGUGAGGCAGAGGAGAGAGAUCCGGGAGGAAGGGAGGAUCGGGACCUGUCCAGCCACCGCGCACAGUUGCCGCUCCUAUCGCCGGCCAUCCUCAUCAAAUCCGCCGCCUCCGAAGCUUCUGGCCGCGACUUCUGACUGCGCCUCUACCGCCGGAGAGCGCUGCUGCCACCGAAAACCGCCUUUGAAGCCUGUGUAUGUUGGAAACUGCCGCCAGAACCCCUAUCUUCUUGGUUUGGAUUCCGGUAUUUGCGCGUCGAAAUUAAGGUUGUUAUUGAACCACCGGAGCUUCGGGGAGUGCCGGAGCUGCCGCCUGAUCGGUUCAGAGGGUCACUGCUGCUUUGUUUCUCGUGGAACCAGAUGAAGAAGCAUUAAGGAGUGUUAUACUGCGUUUGAUUUAUAUAUUGUUAUAUUAAUUAGAUUAUUUUUUUCCCUCGUCUUUGUUAUUACAAAUUUGUAAGAGGGA